AUGAGCACAGAACCAAAACAACAAUUUCACGCUGGUUUCUCUUCAGCAACAACUACAGCCGUCGCAUCGGCAGCUAAAGAUUUGAAUCUACAACAAAAUCUAGAAAGUACUAGAUUAAUUUGGUAUGAUUCAAAUAUUGAUAAAACUAAGGAUACGAAAGUAACAAUGAAAGAAUUACAUGAAAUCAAUAAUUUUAUCGUAUUUCAUAUUGAUUUAAAAACUUGUAGUGAUUAUAUUGAAUCAAUUACAAAUGAAAAAAUAUUUCUUGUUACAUCUGGAAGAGAUGCUUUAGAUAUUUUAAUAAGAGUUCAUGAAUUAAAACAAAUUGAUUCAAUAUUUAUUUUUUGUUUCAAACCUGAAAAAUAUCAAUCUCUAUUACAAACAUAUACUAAACUAAUUGGAAUUUAUACAAAACGUCAUGAAUUACUUAAUUCUCUUAAAGAAAAUAUUAUUCUUGUUGAAAAACAUUUAGAAACAUUUAAUUUCUAUAAUCAACAUAAACAAAAAUCUACAAGAGAUUUAUCAAAAGAAUCAGCUGAAUUUUUAUGGUUUCAAAUAUUUAAAGAUAUCAUUUUGAGAUUACCAAGAGAUAAUUAUGCAAAACAACAAAUGAUUGAAUUUUGUCAAUAUUAUUAUCGUGGAAAUGAAAAAGAAUUAAAAUUUAUUCAUGAAUUUGAACAUGAUUAUAAAUCAAAUAUGGCUAUUAAAUGGUAUACGAAAGAAACUUUUCUCUUUAAAAUAGUAAACAAAGCAUUGAGAACUGAAGAUAUUGAACAAUUACGUAUAUUUCGAUUUUUUAUUGCUGAUUUAUCAUUUAAUCUUGCAAUUGAAUAUGAAAAAUUGAAAAAUAAAGGUGAAAAAAUUCUUAUACUUUAUCGUGGACUAAAAAUGGAAGAAGAAGAAUUAAAAAAUUUAAAACAAAAUGAAGGUGGUUUAAUAUCAACAAAUGGUUUUCUAUCAGCAAGUCGUUCAAAAAAUGUUGCACUUAAAUUUGUUAAAAAACCAUCUAAACGUUCAAAUAUUGUUUCAAUUCUAUAUGAAAUUGAAUGUUAUAUACAAGAAUUAGACUCGAUUAUUUUUGCUGAUAUUACAGAAUUAAGUGUUUAUGCAAAUGAAUCAGAAGUUUUAUUUGAUCUUGGAUCAACAUUCGAAAUCAUUUCUGUUAAAGAAGAUUUUCAAUUAAAUCUAUGGUUAAUUAAAUUAAGAACUAGUAAUAAAGGAACAAAAAUUGCUAAAGAAUAUAUUGAACUUAAUAGAAAAGAAGAAGAAGAAACAAGCAUUGAACUUAUAUUUGGUAAAUUAUUAGCUGAUAUGGGACAAUAUGAUCAAGCAUUAAAAUAUUUUCAAAAUUUAUUACUUGAUGAUCAUACAAAAAAGGAUGAUAUUGCAAAAAUUAAUAAUCUAAUUGGAACAAUCUAUUAUGAUAAAGAUGAUUUUAAGCAAGCACUUCAAUAUUGUGAAUUGGCUUAUAACUUAAUGAUGAAUGAUAAAUCGAUAAGAAUGAAAGAUUCAGCAAAACCAUUGACAAACAUAGGUCUUAUUUAUCAUCGAAAAGGUCAAUACGAUCGUGCAUAUGAAUUAUAUAUGAAAUCUUUAGAAAUAUAUAAUACAUAUUAUGGAAGAGAACAUAUAAAAUCAACCAAAAUACUUAUGAAUAUUGGUAAUAUAUAUACAGAAACUCGAAAGUAUAAGCAUGCAUUGGAAUAUUAUCAAAAAGUUCUAAAAAUUCAACAACAACAUUUACCAUUCUAUCAUACUGAUACUGCUAUGACAUUGAACAAUAUUGCAGUUGUUUAUCACAAAUUGAAUAAACUUGAUCACGCAUUAAAGUAUUAUGAACAAUCAUUGAAUAUAAAACAAAAAAUACUUCCGCCUGAUCAUAAAGAUAUUGUUGUGACCAGAAAUAAUAUUGCAAAGAUAAAUAAAAGAAAAUAUCAUCAUCUUCAAUUUGCAGCCAAUGCUAAACCUAUGCCAAAAUCCGGAGCUCAACAUGGGCUUCAAUACGCACCAAUGCCUUGUUCAUCAUCAUCUAAUCUCAUUAUCUAUGUAAAGAAAUUUUAUCAAUAUCAUUCAGAAGUUAGUACAUCAUCAUACUGA